AUGUAAUUUGAUUAAUUUUUAUAAGAAAAAUGUCAGAUGACGAACAUUUGUCUCUCCAUUCCUAUGAUCCAUAUUAGGAUGAGAAUAUUAAUGAUGAUAUUGAUGAAUUUUACAAGGAAUUAAGUUUACAAUUUUAUGGAGAGAAUAAAAAGAAGAAAGUCUCACUGCUAAUGUCAGGUUCAACUUAAGUAACAAUCUUAAUUAGAUUAUUUAGGAGACUUAUAAGCCUAGUAGAGAUACACUCCCAGAUUUUAAAAAAGGUUUCACAUUCGUGAAGACAUCCUCAAGUCGGCCAGGUAGUCCAAAAUGUGGACGUAAUUAGGUUCAAAGGAAAUCACCAAAUUAAAAGUAAUAGAGUAGUCCCACAACUAUUAAAAUGAUUCAAACAAAGAAACUUAUUCAAUUACUAUAGUCACCAUACAAUGUGAAGAACAAUCAAAAGCAGACAUUUUUGAAGAAAUAGAUAGACAUGAUUAAAAAGAUUCAGGUAUAAGAAUUAAAGGAACAUUAUUAUAAAUGA